CACAUUGAUUAAUUGUUUUUGCGCUGGGUCUGCUGCGAGAAAUCCGACGAGAAUGUCGAAAAGACGUUUAGAUAUCGACGAUUCAUACAGUAAACGAAAGGGAGAAUCUGAUUAUAGGGACAGGGAUCGAGAGAGGGAAAAGAGGGACAGAGACGAUGACAGAGAUCGUGAUAGGGACCGUGAUAGAAGAGACCGUGACAGGGAUAGAUCACGAUGGGAAUCCUCAGGGGUUACCAGUGCACCCAUAUCCGUACCAACUCCUACAGUAGUCAUCAAUCCUUUGAAUCUCACUCCUUACUCACAAAAAUACUUCACAAUCCUGAACAAGAGGAAAACACUGCCUGUCUGGGAAUACAAGGAUAAGUUCAUGAAGAUGCUGGAGGAACAGAAGAUUAUUGUUCUCGUAGGAGAGACUGGUUCUGGUAAAACUACACAGAUACCUCAAUGGUGCAUGGAGUAUGUGAGGAGGAAGUUUCCAGUGAAUAAUAUGAAGGGUGUUGCUUGUACACAACCCAGGAGAGUAGCUGCUAUGAGUGUAGCCCAGCGAGUUGCUGAUGAAAUUGAUGUUGUUUUGGGUCAAGAGGUUGGAUACAGCAUCAGGUUUGAAGACUGCACUUCAAACAAGACACUUGUCAAAUACAUGACAGAUGGUAUGUUGCUUAGGGAGGGUAUGACCGAUCCUUUGCUUGAGAAAUAUGGUGUGAUCUUACUUGAUGAGGCUCAUGAACGUACCUUAGCUACAGACAUCCUCAUGGGUUUACUUAAAGAGGUGGAGAGGCAGAGAGCAGAUCUCAAGCUUGUUGUCAUGAGUGCCACACUUGAUGCUGGAAAAUUCCAGCAUUAUUUUGACGAUGCUCCUCUGAUGACUGUCCCUGGACGUACCCAUCCUGUAGAGAUCUUCUAUACCCCUGAACCUGAGAGAGAUUACCUUGAGGCUGCUAUACGUACAGUGGUUCAGAUACAUAUGUGUGAGGAGGUGGAGGGAGAUAUCUUACUUUUCUUGACUGGUCAGGAGGAAAUUGAAGAGGCCUGUAAACGAAUCAAACGAGAGAUAGACAACCUUGGCCCUGAGGUAGGGGACCUGAAGACCAUCCCACUGUACUCCACCCUCCCUCCUCCUAUGCAGCAGAGAAUCUUCGAGAGUGCUCCACCAAACAAGGCCAAUGGAGCUAUUGGGCGCAAGGUGGUGGUAUCUACGAACAUUGCAGAGACGUCAUUGACUAUCGAUGGUGUGGUGUUUGUGAUUGAUCCAGGAUUUGCAAAGCAAAAGGUGUACAACCCUCGUAUCAGGGUGGAAUCUCUGCUGGUAUCACCUAUCAGUAAGGCCAGCGCACAACAGAGGGCAGGUCGUGCUGGUCGUACCCGUCCAGGGAAAUGCUUCCGUCUCUACACUGAGAAGGCGUACGAUACGGAGAUGCAGGAUAACACGUAUCCUGAGAUCUUGAGAUCUAACCUUGGUACUGUGGUUCUGCAGCUUAAAAAGCUUGGUAUUGAUGACUUGGUUCAUUUUGAUUUCAUGGAUCCACCAGCUCCUGAGACUCUGAUGAGAGCUCUAGAGCUGCUGAAUUACCUGGGAGCCUUGGAUGAUAGCGGUGACCUUACCCGUCUAGGCUCAAUGAUGGCUGAGUUUCCCCUUGACCCUCAGCUGGCUAAGAUGGUCAUUGCCAGCACAGAUUACAACUGCUCCAAUGAGAUCCUUUCUGUUACAGCCAUGUUAUCAGUCCCACAGUGCUUCCUACGACCCAACGAGGCCAAGAAGCUGGCUGACGAGGCUAAGAUGAGGUUUGCUCACAUCGAUGGUGAUCACUUGACUCUACUCAAUGUCUACCAUGCAUUCAAGCAGAACCACGAGGAUCCCCAGUGGUGCUAUGAUAAUUUCAUACAGUUCCGUUCCCUGAAGUCUGCAGACAGUGUACGGCAGCAGCUGGCUAGGAUCAUGGACCGCUUCGCUCUACGGAGGACCAGCACAGAUUUCAACAGCAAGGACUACUACCUGAACAUCCGGAAGGCUCUCGUCAAUGGAUUCUUCAUGCAGGUUGCUCACUUAGAAAGAACUGGUCAUUACUUGACCGUCAAAGACAACCAAGUUGUCCAACUUCAUCCAUCCACCUGUCUUGACCACAAGCCUGAAUGGGUUCUUUACAAUGAAUUUGUACUGACUACCAAGAAUUAUGUCCGAACGGUCACUGACAUCAAGGCAGACUGGUUGAUGCGACUCGCUCCACAGUAUUACGACAUGACCAACUUCCCACAAUGUGAAGCCAAGAGGAUACUGGAGAGGAUUGCUAUGAAGAUACAAGGAUGGGAAAAACAGUAAUAUCAUGUGACUCAAUCAUGUGACUCAUUUCAUCACACCAAGGACUCAUUGUAAAUUAUGUGAAGAUCAAAAGGACUUAUUUUCAAACAAUUUGCAAGUUGUAUAGCACAAAGUACCUUUGUUAUAUGUCUACGUCUGUAAAAUUGUUUCCUGAAGUAAUGCAAGCAUUUGAACAUUGCUCACAUAUGGGGGUAGCGUUUGCUCCAACGAGUGCUGCUAAUUAUAUCAAUUCCCCUAAUGAAUGUAAACAUUUCAAAGAUUGUGAAAUUUAGAAUG